AUGGAUUUAGAUGAAAUAUUUGGGAAAAUAGAGAAUAAAGAAAAAAAUUAAAAAGGGAAAUAAGUUUAAAAAGUUGAUAAAUAACAAAAGUCAAUUUAGAAUAGGGAAUAACAUUAAUUGAAAAUGAAAUUGAAUCAUGAAAUAAAUAGAUUAGAAUUGGUAAAAUUGACAGCUGAGAAUAUUUAUCAAUAAUAAAUCAAUAAAGGCAGUGCAGAUUAAUUUGUAAAUAAUAUUUAUAUAGUUCUAGUAAAAUGAAAUGAUAGAUUUAUAAAUAGUAUCCAUGAUAGGAGAUCCUGAUAUAUAUGGAGACAAAAUCAAGCAUAAAAAUUUUUUGAUUGGAAAAUUUGAAAAACCAUUUUAAUUGAAAAAUACUGCAGACAACGAAUUAUAAUGUAUUAAUUUAUUAUUUAAGUCAUUAGAACCUCUAAAAAAUGGAUUAAAUAGAUAACUUAAGAUAUUUAAGAGAUCUUUAGGGAAUCUAAGAUAUGCAGCUGUGACAAAAUUAAAUAGCUUAUGGAAAUUAUACAUUGAAGAUUUAUUGUGUAGAGAAUAAUCAGCAGAUUCAAAGUUUUAAAGAUUGUUAAAGGCUGAUUUUCAUGGAGCAUUGAUUUAGAUAGUAUAUUCUAAAUGCAAAACUUAUGAAGGAUAGGAGGGUAUAAUAGUAAGGGAGAAAAAGAAAUCAUUCAUUAUCAUCAAAGAAAAUGAUUAAUUAAGUGGUAAAUUUAAUCAUGAUAUAUUUAAAAAGUUAUAGAGAAAGAAAAUACCAUAUUUUUAAUGCCAGUUGGAAAUAAGACAUAUCGUUUACAUGGUUGUCAUCUUAUUAUUAAGCCAUCUGAAAGAAUUAGAAAGGAUAUCAAGUAUCAUCCUGCCAAUGUUUUCUGUUAUUAAUAUAUGUGA